CUUCUGGUCGGUGGAGCGCUGGUUUAGCCAUCCGUCCUCUGCUGUGCAAGUGCGGGCACUCCGGGGGCGCUGGAAGUGAGAGCGCGUCUGGAACUCCCUAGUCCGGCCAGGCUUGGCACGGGGCCCCGCCCCCGAGACCUCCGAGGAUUCAUCUCUCGCGGCUCAGUGCCCUCGAAGAGGUUGGAGUGUACUUCCAGGGGUCGUAUCUCCGGAGGUCGAACCUGCUCGUGGGGAGAAGGAAGGGCAUGAUCCGGGCCUGAGUAGCCCGUGCUCCAGCAUUUGUGCGUAAGGGUGGCCCCUGGGUGGGGUGAAGCUCCUCUGUCUCUAUUGUUGUUCCCCACCCCAGUGUGGGCUGCUGGCUGCAGGAUGAACUGUCGCUCAGAGGUGCUUGAGGUGUCGGUGGAGGGGCGGCAGGUAGAGGAGGCCAUGCUGGCCGUGCUGCACACGGUGCUUCUGCACCGGAGCACAGGCAAGUUCCACUACAAGAAGGAGGGCACCUACUCCAUUGGCACCGUGGGCACCCAGGAUGUGGACUGUGACUUCAUCGACUUCACCUACGUGCGUGUCUCUUCUGAGGAACUGGACCGUGCCCUGCGCAAAGUUGUGGGGGAAUUCAAGGAUGCGCUGCGCAAUUCCGGUGGCGAUGGGCUAGGCCAGAUGUCCUUGGAGUUCUACCAGAAGAAGAAGUCUCGCUGGCCCUUUUCAGACGAGUGCAUCCCGUGGGAAGUGUGGACGGUGAAGGUGCACGUGGUAGCCCUGGCCACAGAGCAGGAGCGGCAGAUCUGCCGGGAGAAGGUGGGUGAGAAACUCUGUGAGAAGAUCAUCAACAUCGUGGAGGUGAUGAACCGGCAUGAGUACCUGCCCAAGAUGCCCACGCAGUCAGAGGUGGACAACGUGUUUGACACAGGCUUGCGGGACGUGCAGCCCUACCUCUACAAGAUCUCCUUUCAAAUCACUGACGCUCUGGGCACUUCCGUCACCACCACCAUGCGCAGGCUCAUCAAAGACACUCUUGCUCUCUAGGCCUCGCUGGAACCUGGGAGCUCUUUGAUGGCCUCUAGACCUUGACUUCUGGGGAUUGUACUGUUAGGCCCUUGGGGCUCUGGAGUUAGUCCUUGGUGAGACUUGGAAGGGAAGGGACAGCCCCUGGGUUCCUUGUUUUGUGGUUGCCAGCCUGGUCAUCCCUUUAACCUUUACUGACUGUCAUGUCGUGCCUACACUGUCUCUCCACAUCCCUACUGGGGUCCCUCUUCCUUUUCCACUGUACAGAAGAGCCACCAGUAGGAUGGUGAAUAAAGUUGAGAGUAUGAGUUUGUGUUGA